GGAAGCGCCCUGUGACCUUGCCGGAAGCUCUCGGGAGGCAGCUGUGGCCCGACGCGGCGGGGCCCUGCGAGCGGGGCGGAGGAGCGGCGCUGACGGACGCUCCUAUUGCAAAAGCUGCUGUUGAAAAGAAUUUUUUUUUAAUAAGAAGAGAAUGGAUGGAGAAGAGAAAACAUACGGUGGGUGUGAGGGCCCAGAUGCUAUGUAUGUGAAGUUGAUAUCCUCUGAUGGCCAUGAGUUCAUUGUAAAAAGAGAGCAUGCAUUAACAUCGGGAACAAUAAAAGCCAUGUUGAGUGGGCCAGGACAGUUUGCAGAAAAUGAGACAAAUGAGGUGAAUUUUAGAGAGAUCCCAUCCCAUGUCCUAUCCAAAGUAUGCAUGUAUUUCACCUACAAGGUCCGCUAUACUAACAGCUCUACGGAGAUUCCUGAAUUCCCAAUUGCACCUGAAAUUGCACUGGAACUUCUGAUGGCUGCAAACUUCUUAGAUUGUUAAAUAAAAUAAAUUAUAAUUAAAAAAAUGUAAAACUUUUUUCAGUAUUUAAUACAUGUAGUUCAGUUAGUAACUUUUUUCAGAUAGCAUGUUGCGUGUGUGCUGUUGAGAACUGUAAAGUUCACUGCAGAGGCAAUUGCCUUCAGUCCUUUUGCAUAUAGCAGUCAUUCAGUUGAAAUUUGUUUUGCUGCUUACACAAAUAAGGACCUUUUCACAAACUGAGACAAAUAAACAAAUAUGCCAAUUAGUAGAUGGCUAUGCCUUAUCCUUUAGGUGUGAUAGAACUUUCUUUUAAUACAACGACCAUAGAAAAUACUGGAGCUUAGUCUAAUGCUCUCUAAAAGGUAAUUAUAGUUAAAUACGAAUAGCUGUUUAGAGUUUCUAACUUUCUCUUAUUGUUAAAGUUUCUAAACAUCUGAACUUAAUCUCCUUUGUGAGAUAGCUGUCUUUUAGCAUAGCUAUACUAACUAGAUUAGAAGUGCCCUCCCUAAGGUUUGUAUCCUGGCAGCGAUACUCUACUUAGGUUGAAAGUGGAGUAUGUUGGAGAAUGCUUAAGGCUUUUAAUUUAAAUGGUAGUAUAGACCUAAGCAAAGGCAUACUGGGUACUCUUUGUUUUUUCUAACCUAAAUUUUCCCCAUUAGUAACUACAGAUGUUCCAGUCACUUGUCUGUACAGUAAGACUGUGAUUGUACUGAGAGUGGCUUUUAAGGGGAAACAUAACUAUUACAAUGAGUGUAUAUUAUCUUCUGUAUAACAUGUAAGGUUAUUCUUAAUGUAAUAUCACUUGACCUGAUGCGGAUUUUAUAUGGCUUCAGUUACAGUUUAUUUCGAUUGUUGUGAUUGGUUAUGUAAAUUCUGUAUUUAAUCUUUAGAGUAGUACUCAUUUACAUUUUGUAACAUAGCAACAGAAAAGAUAGCAGUUAUCCUAUCUUUUACCUCUUCCUUGAUGUCUCCCUUGUAUUCACAGGAAAAGACCCUGAAAUGUGGAAGUCUUUUAUAUUUGAAGGAAAGGGCAUUAAGCAGAUGUUUAAGGAGCUGUUUUAUAAAUUUCAUAGGUAUUUCCAAUGUUUUUACAAAUAUUUUAGGGGAAAAGAAUUGGCAAGCCACUAACAUAGUACUGAGUGAAACAUGUCUCUUGGUAGUUCCUGCUGGUAGCUCCCUUAUACUAUCAGUCCUGUGUUUUAAACAAGUUUCCAUCAAGGAAAAAAGAAAUUAAACUUGAUACAAGAAGUUGCUUUUUCUUCAGCUGCAUCCUGAAGAACCCUUCUGCCAAAGUCAUGUGUAAAUGAGAAUGAAACCAGUGCAUCGUAAAACAAUGAUGCAACAACUAUGUAGUUAUUUCCAUCAGCUGCAGAUGCUUCAGCUUUUUUGAUCAAGAAGUGGUUGUGGUCUUUCAUGGAAAAAUCCCACCGACAGAUACUGGAACCUCUUUAUUGAUGUGUUAACUCAUGGUGAAUUUAGAAGGCUGAAACUCUCUGAACCUGUUUACCAGUGUAAUUAAAACUUCCAAGAUAUUUUUCUGGACAAAACUAGUAACUUACAUAGACUAUGCAGUCUGCCCAUGGAGGAGUUCAGUUCUGUCAAAUAAAAUUCUACUCUGGGCUUGAACAACGCUUGGUAGACAAGCUGAUGUUUUUCAGUGUGUUGAUAGAUUAGCUGACAUUUACUCACAUCACAUACUUGGGCACAAUUUAUUGUGUUUAAUGUGAGGAUGUUGAUUGACUAGAUUGGUUUUGCACAAUAAAGCUGAAGUGCAUUGCAA